UGUUUGACUUUCACUGUGCGUAAGGGCAGGCAGAGGUGUGUUCCUGCUUUCAAGCACCUUGUGUUCACGUUUCAUUAACUCUCAGAUCCGACUGACUGGAGACUCAGGACCUAAGAGCAAGGCAAGAAGCAUGUGCUGUACGGGAAAGUGUGCCCGGCUGGUGGGCCUGAUUCUGCUGCCCACCGCCUUCAUCUGCAUAAUCGCCAACCUGCUGCUCUUCUUCCCCAAUGGUCAGCAACUGGAAACCGACCAGAUCUCAUUGCAAGUCUGGCUGAUGGGAGGGCUUAUUGGAGGAGGCCUUUUUAUGCUGUGCCCGAGCUGCUCGGCUAUCAGGGCUGGGGGCAAGGGUUGCUGUGGAGCGGGUUGCUGUGGGAACCGUUGCCGGAUGUUGAAUUCAGUAUUUUCUUCUGCCUUCGGUCUGAUCGGAGCCAUCUACUGCACGAGCGUUGCCUCAGCUGGACUGGCUAUCGGGCCGAAGUGCAGGGUGGCAGGCGGCGAGUGGGAAUAUCCUUUUGAAAAUCUUGGCGAAGGGGAAAAUGGCUACCUGUUCAACCAGACUAUCUGGGGCAUUUGUGAGUUCCCCAAUGACGCAGUCAUGUGGCAUGUGGUCCUCUUCUUCAUCCUGCUGAUCAUGGCGUUGCUGCAGUUCCUGCUCUGUGCCAUCCAGGUCAUCAACGGCUGUAUGGGCUGCAUCCUGGGAGACUGCCGGGAGAGAAAGGACGAUGACAGUGGGCUGUGAAAGUGGAGCUUCGCUGUCACAUGAAGCCUGUGGAAGAAACCUUCCUCCACACUUUGAGGUUUUGGACUAUCGCAAAAAAAUGUGUCUGACUGAUACUGUGUGCACAUUAACAUGUUGUUUUCUUAUCAAUAAAAUAA